GUGGCGCCUCUUCCUCCCCUGCUGCUCGCGUUAGUUCCGGUCGCAGAGGAGACAGCGCCGCAGUCGCCGCCAGCUCGGGGGUUUCUGGCUCUUUUCUCUCCGCCUUAAAUUCGGGUGUCUUUUAUGAAUAAUCAAAAGCAGCAAAAACCAACGCUAUCAGGCCAGCGUUUUAAAACCAGAAAAAGAGAUGAAAAAGAGAGGUUUGACCCUACUCAGUUUCAAGACUGCAUUAUUCAAGGCUUAAGUGAAACUGGUACUGACUUGGAAGCAGUAGCUAAGUUUCUUGAUGCUUCCGGAGCAAAACUUGACUACCGCCGCUAUGCAGAAACACUCUUCGACAUCCUGGUGGCUGGCGGAAUGCUGGCCCCAGGUGGUACACUGGCAGACGACAUGAUGCGCACAAAUGUCUGCGUGUUCGCAGCACAAGAAGACCUCGAGACCAUGCAAGCAUUUGCUCAGGUUUUUAACAAGUUAAUAAGGCGCUACAAAUACCUGGAGAAAGGUUUUGAGGAUGAAGUUAAAAAGUUACUGCUCUUCCUGAAGGGCUUUUCAGAGUCGGAGAGGAACAAGCUCGCCAUGUUGACUGGGGUUCUUCUGGCUAAUGGGACCCUUAACGCAUCCAUUCUUAACAGCCUUUAUAAUGAGAAUCUGGUUAAAGAAGGGGUUUCAGCAGCAUUUGCUGUAAAGCUCUUCAAAUCAUGGAUAAAUGAAAAAGACAUCAAUGCAGUUGCUGCAAGUCUCCGGAAAGUCAGCAUGGACAACAGACUGAUGGAGCUGUUCCCUGCCAAUAAGCAGAGCGUCGAGCACUUCACCAAGUAUUUCACCGAGGCAGGCUUGAAGGAGCUGUCGGAGUACGUCCGCAACCAGCAAACCAUCGGGGCGCGGAAGGAGCUCCAGAAAGAACUUCAGGAGCAGAUGUCCCGUGGGGAUCCGUUCAAAGACAUAAUUUUGUAUGUCAAGGAGGAGAUGAAAAAAAACAACAUCCCAGAACCAGUCGUCAUUGGGAUCGUCUGGUCGAGUGUGAUGAGCACCGUCGAGUGGAACAAAAAAGAGGAGCUUGUAGCAGAACAAGCCAUCAAGCACUUGAAGCAAUACAGCCCUCUGCUCGCUGCCUUUACCACGCAGGGUCAGUCUGAGCUGACCCUGUUACUGAAGAUUCAGGAGUACUGCUAUGACAACAUUCACUUCAUGAAAGCCUUCCAGAAAAUAGUGGUGCUUUUUUAUAAAGCUGAAGUCCUGAGUGAAGAGCCCAUUCUAAAGUGGUAUAAAGACGCACACGUUGCAAAGGGGAAAAGUGUCUUCCUUGAGCAGAUGAAGAAGUUUGUAGAAUGGCUCAAAAAUGCUGAAGAGGAGUCUGAGUCUGAAGCUGAAGAAGGUGACUGAAUUUUGAGACAACAUCCUCAGUAAAGCAAACAGGAGUUGUAGAUAAAAUGUCAUGUCUCAUGUGUCCUGGUUCUUACAUCUUCCUACCUCCCUAUAUCAAGCAUGAUAUAAGGGCUUUCAUGGCAAUUUUUAUUUUAACUUUUUAUGGUUCCUGGAAACAGUGGGUUUGGUUUCUGAAGCCGUGUUUAAGGAGCUGCAGGGCUGUAGAGUUUGAACCUGAUGUCAGUUACCUUCUACCUCCUGUCUUUUCUACUGUAAUGAUGUGAUGUAAGGCCUUCCACAGUGAGCAGUUCACUUUAUUCCCUGGGUUUUCUAUAGAAACAGUUUUCGAGAUAUGAUUUGGUUAAAAAUAAUUUGUUACAAAAAAUUCUGUUUGCAAAUUAAACUGUAAAAGUAUCCAAAGUCUCAAAAGGCAAUGAUUUGUGUGAUAAUUUAGUAUGUCCAGAGCCCUGCUUAUCAGUAAAGAUCCUGUAGACAGUUGAGUCCUUAACGUGAAUCCCGAGUGUUUAGACCUUUGGUUCUAUAUGAGUAUUUUAUUGUCCUUUUAGCCCAGAUGUUGUGUGCCAUGGAGAGCAAACCUGAGUUUGAGAAGUCACACAUGGCAGAGGGAGGAAGAAGGCUGAGCUUUUUCCUAGUGUAUCUUUGCAGGCGGAUAAAGUCCAUGCUCUUCUCGCCAGCUUUCUGCUCAGGACACAGCUGGGUACUGUGUGAGGAAAGGGACCCAAAAGAAUCUGGUCACUGACCAGGAUCUAAACACGACUCCUCACCUGGAGCGAAGGGGAAAGGCGUCACAGCCGUCUCCCACCUGACUGUAUGGCCUGGCUUCCUUUGCUAUAGUCAAACACCUAGUAACACACCCUAGUUGCCAUUUUUUUAAUUGCCAUGAGCCAAAUACUUUAAAUGAUUAACUCAUUUAUUUUAAUGGCUGCCUUUUUCAUUGCUUUUCUUUUUGCUAUCCAUCUGUAGUUGAUAGGGGAAAAGACUAAAGGUGAACAUUUUGAGUUUAAUUGAUAAAAUAGACUAGAAUAAUGCCACCAGAGACUAAGUUAAAAUUGCCCAUUUUUGAAGGUGCCAUUCUUAGAAGCCAAUAAUUUGGUAUUUAAAGCUUAUCUUGAGAGAAUACCAUGUAAUAUAAUUUGAAAUAAAGGUAUAGUAGCCUUGAGAACAUUGUAGCAGAAUCAUUGAUGGUGGGGUGAAUUUGUAAAAUGAAUGAAGUUCCAUGACAGGCAAAUGUAUUCACUAGAUUCUGUGUAGUCAUCUGCUGUUCUUUUGUAAUUUGUAGUCCUAAAAAUUAAUUUUUAAAAUAAAGUCCAUCCUUACAUUUAGGUUUUAUAGAUCAGUCUUUUUUUUUUACCCCCCAGCAAAUCCCCCUGAUCCCUAAUGGUGUACUGUGUGCUGUGCUUUCCAAUGUCUCCUGUGUAAGCAUUAACAGUUCCUCCUGUCUCUCAGACUCCAAUGUAGCUAAAACUACAUUGCCCUUUCUACACCCAGAUCCUUGCAUGUUACCGCUGUUUGAACGCACCGUCUAUUAUAUACUGUGUAUAGUGAAAGAGUGUGGAGUCUUCCAGAACUACAUCAUGAUCUUUGAUACAUCCCUUCAUACACAGUAGUGUUUACUUAUCAACAUCAAUGCCAAACCUCUGGCCUCUUAUAUGUAAUUCUAGUAGAGGUGUUGAAGCUGCUUUUAACCAUGAUGGGUAACUGUUGAUUGACUUCCUAAGCUGGUGUCAGUUUCCUAGGCUUUCAAUGUCUUGGGAUGCUGUACUAUGUAUUUAGAACUGAUGAGUGUCACCUCACUAGGACUGUUGUCCUUAGAAGUACUGUUCUUAAUAAAACCUCCAGAGACCAAUACGCCACAUCUUUUACUUGGCACAGUGACGGUGUAAGGGGAAAUGCAUGUGACCAAGGGAGUAACCACAGCUGUGUGCAAGCUUUUCAUUAUCAGAAUCCCCAGACUUCCCCAUAGACCUCCCAAUAAAUUUUAAUAUACACUA